AUGCUGUCGAAGGUCUCCUGCAGACUUAUCGUUCCGACGACUGAAAGUACCUUCCUGCCUUUCCUUUAUGAAACUCGCACACUGAAAACGCCGCCAUUGUCCUUGCGGAAGAGGCCGGGCCUUUUUUGCAACCGCUGCUAUUCUACUACGCAGAGUAGUACAUCUUCAGACAAACCCUCAGAGGAAACUGCGUCCGAAUCUUCGCAAGAUAGCAAUACCGAGUCGUCGAGCAGUCAAGGUCCUCGCAUAUAUAUCAAGAAAAAAGCCGCAUCCAUUCCUUCGGCCAGGCCUCAGAAACGAGCGUCCAAACCUGGCUCAACAGUGACUCGUAGUGAGAGAGAGAUAUUUGAUCGGUUAUUCGCGAAACUAGGGUCCAGUCCUCCCCCGGAAUUGGCUCCUGGCGAUAAGCGAAAAGAAGAGCAGAAGCAGAAGCAGACCCCUUCAAGCACUACUUCAAACACGUCAUCUCCGGACGACUUGGAGACGGAUGAAUCGGCGCAGAUAUCGGCGAUAUUCCAGGAAAGUAUAGAAGAGCUUAAAACUGGAGCGAACCAAGAGCCCGGAUUGCACACGGCACCAGCGAGCGCUUCCCAGCAGUUGUCUCAUAUCGACAGGCUGAAAGCGGAUCAGGUGUACAGGAAACUCGAUGAUUUCAUGAACUCCACCGCCGAAGAUGAAAGUCCAGACCAGGUGGAGACGUCGCGACUCAUCAAGCUAGUGGUACAAAGAGAGUCGGAGAAGAUCGAGAACGAAUUACGACAGACAAUCAGAGAAGGGAAAGGCGAUCUCGGGCUGUGGAAGGUUUGCGAAGAGCGCAUAUUUGGAAUGCUACGGCAACUAGACGAACCAUCUCAUAAUCAUAAUCACUACUCGGGGAGCCCAGAACUGGCGAAUGGGCGAGACUCGAAGGAUACCGACGCAGAGGGCAGCAAGGAUCCCGAGAAUUCGGCUUCCGAACAGCAACCCUUGGAUAUUCCAUCCUACGUGCCGAAAAACGCCAUCAUCUCAGCUGUGUACUCUAACAUGCUCCUCGUCGUCUUCCACCUGCUAAGAAGGAACUUCCCCAAUUCGCCAUUGAUCAGCGAGAUCUGGCCCACCAUCCAAUCCUACGGACGGGCUUCCGUGGUUUUGGGCGCAUCCACACAGCUGUACAAUGAGCUAAUCCGUUACUACUGGCGUGACUGCGACGACCUUGCAACGGUGGUGUCCCUUCUGAAGGAGAUGGAAGAGACGGGCGUCGAGCCGGACACGAAGACGUACAGAUUGGUCCGGGCCAUCGCCACGCAGCGCGAGCGCGCGAGACAAAAGUAUAUCCGACAGCACGAAGAACUCCGCAAGGGCGCAGGACAGGACUUGUAUAACGACUCCACGAGCUGGAUGGAGACGGUGCCCAACAUGCAUGCCUACCGUGAGCUGGUGGGAUCGGGACACCAGCAGAGCUGGGCCGAUCGGAUCCAGCAGCGUCUGGAAGAGCUGGGUAUAAGUGAGGCGCUGGACAAGAAUGCGGAACGGGAUCUGGAGCGUCUGUAUAGUGAAGAAGAGGAGGAAGAGGAAGAAGAAGAACAAGAAAAAGAGAAAGAGAAAGAGAAGGAUGAAGGUGACGAUCUUAAGUGA